CAGUUGGCUGUGAUUGAAGCCAUACUUAAGCUUUAUAGUCUUCCAUUGCAUUUCAUUCUUAAGACCCCAAUGAGUGAGUUCUUAAUGCUUCAUUUUCAGCACAAUUCUUUGAUUUUGCAGUACUCACCAAUCAUCUCUUUAUUCAUGGUUCUCUUGUUUGAAUCUUAAAAUCCAGCAAACACAAGAACACAUGGAAUCGAUCAAAUUCCUUGUACACAAAGGGGAGCUCCAAGGAAAUACAUAGGUAUAGCACAACCCUGUCCCCGGGCUGGUGCCGGUAAUCCAUUGCAGAUGACCAUUCCCAAGGGUUCUUUAAGCAACAAGACUUCAAGGCGUGGUGAGUUUGGUACCCUUGCAACAUCAGGUCUACCGGCGAGAAGAGGAACAGCUUCAAGUCAGAACCAGAAUCAGGGAUACUUUCCAGGGCAGAGGCAUCCCCAGGAAUAUCCCAGUCAACAAGAACAGCAUCGUCGAAGACCACCUGAUCACUACCUGGGUCAAGGACAAGAGGCCCUACACAGCAGGGAUGACCACUGGGGUGGUGGAAGGGACGCAAUGAUGCUCUCAAGACCAGGGUGGCUGGAGGGAAAAGCUUCAUCAUACCAGCAUCAAAGAAGCGAUGCCUUCCUUGAUACCGGCAGACUGAGCUGCAUGGGAGAUAUCUACACUGAUGGCCCCACAAAGAGAAGAAGACUGACCUACGAGAGAGUGCCAGGAUCUAAGGGAGGACAGACCAAGCUUGCUUUUAGGUAGACAUGUGACAACACGUAAUGGCUGUCAAGGUCACCUUAACAUUUUGACCCUAAAUAAGGUCGCUUCAUUUUACUGGUGUUACAGCUAGGGAGGUUUGGAUUUGAUCUGUCUGCUAACCUCCUUCCUUUAGGGACAACAUUUUUUAACCUUGCAUGUACAUUUACAAAUUUUAGUGGCAUUUACAUCGACGAGGUCUUUUAAAAAGCCCAUUCAAAUUUUGAAUUAGUAUGUCAAACUGCUUUUGGAAUUAACACUAACCAACAAUUCAUGAAUUGAUGUGUGACAAUUGUUUAGUGUGUACAGUAGAUAAGAGGAAGUGCAGCAAUUGUAGCUGAUUGCCCAGUGAUGGGUUGUUGAAGUUUUAUGAAUAAAUAUGAAAUAGAUAGGAAUCAUUUAGCCGUCGCAUUGCAAACAUGUAUGAAGUGACUGUCGGUUUCAUAUUGUUAACUUUAAAAAUUGUUGCACUUUUUGCCAGUAAAGUCCCCC